AUGGAGGAUUUCUUUGAAGAAAUUGUGAACCGUGGGCUGCGCGACUUCCUGCCUCUACCGUUCAAGCAGGCCUACGACCAAUGGCUCGAGACGUUCUCAGCCAGCGAGACAUCAUCGCUUGCACGUCGUCCCUCUUCGCACCUAUCCACCGUCGACCGGGACAAGUACCGCAUCAGCUCGCGCCACAGUGGUGUAGCAAGUCCUGCCACCAUCAACGACCUGAGCGACAUCACAUCCCUCCCGUCAGAUUUCACAGCCAACCACCAAGAAACUCCAUCAACACCAACACCAGCCAGUCGCGUGGCCUCACCCAUUGAUGUCAGAACACGUCGCGCCGCCGAGUCUCUUGGCCGCGUCUGCAUCCCCAGCGCCUACGCAAGCUCCUCAUCACCUGGCCCCGCGCCUCGGUCCAAUAACCAGGUAUCCUUCGCCCAAGACUCUCCUCGUCAGCGUCGUCAUCCUCCGUCACCACCACCACCUCCUCCUCCUCCUCCUCCUUUUGCCGCAGCGCCUCUCGACGGUCGCCAUCCAGCCCCCGCCUACCACAACCUUUCGUUUCCAACCAAGCAUGAUAAGGAAAAGUCGCGUCCUAAGGCGCUCAUAAUGAAGGGCGUGGAGGAUCUGGAAUACAUCAAUGCAUGUUACCACGAUUUGGCGCGAAAGGCUUUGGAACGCCUCGAUGACUUCAGGCAGGUGUCGCUGACGAUGCAGAGGAGGAUGUUGCAGCUACGUCAGCUUGAGGCGGUCAACGAGCCACAGGGGGUUCCAGCCCGCAACGGCAGCAUCAAGACAGCGGCGGCGGCUAAGCCUUCACCGUCUGCGGCCAUGGGGAAGCGGUACUCCCAAGGGGGCAGCAGGCGGGAUGUCUGGGGCGAUGCAAACAUCUAGUAAGGCGAGAAGCAGGUGGCCAAGGUUGCCUUUGACACAUGUAAAGGAGCGCGUAUCCGUCUCGUAGUAAGAAAACAACGACCUC